GACUUAUACAAUUGUAAUUACGUAUUGGAUGAUCUGAUAUCUUUGAAGUUAAUCAUCAAGAAAGCCCAUGAGCAAUGUACACAGUGAGAAGAACUUGGCUCGGAGCUUUUUCGACAUAACUGGCUAUCUUUAAUCAGUCCGUGGUAUGUCCACGGUGUACCAGAGGACCGAACGCCUACAGCUACAUUACAUCCUGCCCCUUCAGGGUGCAUCAAUUUCGUCCGACGUUGGUUCGCGCAGUCCGCGCCGCCUCCAGAUAAACCAAAGAGUCACUGCUGAUCCAGAGAAUGCGAUUGUGAUGAUUAUAUACACCCAGAAGUUUGAUGCAACGGUCAAAGCAUUCUCACGCUCAGAGUAAGC